GCUCUAAAGCGCAAGCUAGAGCUUAUGGAACGCAAUCAAAAAUACGAACAGAACAACUCUAACGAACAGAUUCGAAAGCUACGCAGGAUCAUCUCUGAGCUGCAGAACCAAUUAGCGGACACAACUAGACAGCUUCAAGGCCUUCAAGACAACGAUCACGCAUUGAGCCGUGAACUGGACAACAACGACGUCCAGAACCUGCUGCACGAGGCGGCAAACGCUCUCUCCAUCAUACCCUCCCGAAAACCAGCUCGACGCAGUCGACUGCUUGGAGCGCAGGAGACAAAACCCAGUCCCGCCAUAAGAAACCGGUCGGGCAAGGUUUCAACCAAGCCCAAACCCACAACUGAGGAACGGACGAAGAAACCGGUCCCUGUUGGUCGUGGGUCAAAAAAGAUGACGACACCGCCGGCCGAGGUUGAAAAGGCUGAACGAGCUGAUGAUGAUGACGCGGGAUCAGAACGCUCCCAACGAACCACAGAGGAGGGCUCUAACGCUGAGGACACCACACGGAGUCCUAGAGUGAGUGCUCGAGAAGCCUCGCCUCGGCCGGUAAAAAAUGGCGACUCGAAAGAAAAGGCAGAGGUAGUCACAGCUUUCGUGAUGGCAGCCAUGCUUACGGUAUGUUUUAAAGUCUGCGCUGUCCUAAAGCGUGAAAUACUGUUGAUGGAACGUCAGGUAGCAAUAACAGAUGACAUAACAGACUCCGACACAGCUGAUAUCGAUGACCGGUCCCAUAAGAAACCUAAAGCCAGUGAAAAGGCCUGCAAGAGUCCCAAGCUGGAGGACCUACAGGCAGAACUUACACUCAUCACGGAGCGACACGAAAACUUCAAACUGGAAUCGGCCAUCAGCGGAACUGAAGAUAAUAACUACGACAUCAUCUUUCCAUCGGAAGAGGAUGUCUGUACGUCCGAAGACGAGCUUUCCAUGAAAGACGCAGAGUCUGGUGUACUCGGCGAUACCCAAGAGGACCUUUCGGCGUUUCAUUUGCACAACACUAUUGAGCGCAAGACGGUAACGUUCGGUAAAGAUUCAGUUCAUCUAUCACCACAUUUCGAGCUCAACAAGGAAGAUCGCCUGUGGGAGGAUCUCUUCGGCAAAGACUCAGCCAUGAACCCCUCGCUCGCAGCGGUGGCACUUCAGGGCUAUCCAACGGUAAGCCAAGCCCUCAUUUUUUUACCAGUUGAUUGGCUAUCUCAUGAAGUGUCGACAAAAAUUAUGAAAUGGGUGUUCUUUUUGAAAGGGUUGUAA